GAGCAGACUCCGAAGGCUGGAGCUCCGGGCUUUGGGGGCCUCCAGGAGCAGGACCAGGAACAUGGGGUCGGUCCCUGGAGCCAUUGUCAGGGCACUCGUCCUUCUGUCCGUGCAGAGCUGGGGUGCGGCCACAGCAGGAGACACAGAUGGCUGCGACCAGCCUCUGGCAUCCGCGCUGCCGGCCUCCUCCUUCAGCAGUUCCUCCGAGCUGUCCAGCAGCCACGGCCCUGGGUUUGCGAGACUGAAUCGCAGAGAUGGAGCCGGCGGCUGGACACCCCAUGUGUCAAACAGAAGCCAGUGGCUGCAGAUUGACCUUGGGGACAGGGUGGUGGUCACCGCAGUGGCCACACAGGGCGGGUACGGGAGCUCCUCCUGGGUGACCAGCUACCUCCUGAUGUUCAGCGACAGCGGCAGGAACUGGAAGCUAUACCGGCAUGAGGAGAGCAUUGCGGGCUUUCCAGGGAACGCCAACGCGGACAGUGUGGUGCGCCACCGGCUGCGGCCGCCCCUGGAGGCCAGGCACCUGCGCUUCCUGCCGUCCGCCUGGAACCCCGACGGCCGCAUUGGGAUGCGCGUGGAGGUGUACGGAUGCUGGUUCCGAUCAGACGUGAUGGACUUUGAUGGAAAAAGUUCUCUGCUUUACAGAUUUGUUCAAAGUACCAGGAAUCCAGUGAAAGACAUCAUUUCUUUGAAAUUUAAAACAAGGCAGAGUGAUGGGCUUCUGUUGCACAGACGGGGCAGAAAUGGAGACUUCUUCACCCUGGAAUUAGUGAAAGGGAGGCUCCUUCUGAUCUCCAAUUCAGGCACUGCUUCACCCUCGCCAUCUGGCCCUGGGAGCGUGGCGCUGGGCAGUCUGUUGGACGACCAGCACUGGCACUCGGUGCUCCUUGAGCAUGCCCGCCAGCACAUGACCCUCUCCGUGGACCGGCACUCCAGGCAGUUCCAGGCAUGGGGACAGCUGAGUCACGCAGACCUGGAUCCUGAGAUCAGCUUCGGAGGGAUUUUAGCACCUGGAAAAUCUGUGACAUUUCAAAGAAAACACUUCGACGGAUGUUUAGAAAAUAUUAAUUUUAAUGGAGAGGAUAUCAUUGAUUUGGCCAAGAAGCACAGACCCCAGAUUCUCAUCAGGGGAAACGCCUCCUUCUCCUGCUCUCAGCCGCAGUCUGUGCUGGUCACGUUUCAGAGCGCUGGGAGCCGCUUGGUGCUGCCAGGCACCCCGGCACAGGAUGGGGUCUCCAUCAGCUUCCAAUUCCGGACGUGGAACCAGGCGGGGCUCCUGCUGUCCCGCCGGCACCCUCGCGGCUCCACGGGCUUUGUCCUCACGCUGAGGAACGGAGCCCUCAGACUGGGCCUGUCCCCGUCUCCAGGACACGUGAGGAGUGACAUCAUGGCAGGUGCGGGACUGAAUGAUGGGCAGUGGCAUUCGGUCUCCCUCACAGCCCGGAGGAACCAGCUGAGUGUGGUGGUGGACCAGGUUGGGGUUUCGGCGGUUCACACAGCAUUGCCUCUAGAGACCCACGCAGAUGGUUCCUAUCACUUUGGAGGGUGCCUUUCUUCCGGCUCCGGGUCUGAGUGUGAGGCCUCACUGGCCGGAUUCCAGGGCUGUCUGAGGCUCAUCUCCAUUAACGCCCAGGAGGUGGACCUGAUCUCCGUGCAGCGGGGCGUGCUGGGGAACUUCAGCAGCCUGGACAUAGACUCCUGCGGCAUCCGAGACAGGUGUUUGCCCAACUGCUGUGAGCAUGGCGGCAGAUGCUCCCAGACCUGGACGGCCUUCCACUGCAACUGCUCCGGCACGGGCUACACGGGCGCCACGUGCCGCCAGCCCCUCUACGAGCAGUCCUGCGAGGCCUACAAGCACAGGGGCGAGUCCUUGGGGAGAUACUACGUGGACCCGGACGGCAGUGGACCCCUGCAGCCCUUCCCCGUGUUCUGCAACAUGACAGACGUCCCGUGGACCGUCGUGCAGCACAACAGCUCAGCCCUCACCAGGGUCAAGGGCGCAGACCAGAACAACCCCCACUGGGCAGUGUUCCAGUACGAGGCCAGCCUGGAGCAGCUGCAGGCCAUCAUCGCCCGUGCCAGGCACUGCCAGCAGAUGCUGGAGUUCCACUGCAGGAGGUCUCGGCUCCGGGACCCACAAGAUGGAACACCUCUGAGUUGGUGGGUUGGAAGCACCCAUGGGACACGCACUUACUGGGCAGGCUCCAUGCCUGAGGCCCAGACGUGUGCUUGUGGACUAGCGGGGAACUGCGUUGACUCCCAGCAUCUCUGCAACUGCGACGCAGACCAGGACGAAUGGACCAACGAUACAGGUGUGCUGUCCUACAAGGAGCACCUGCCCGUGACACGCAUCGUGGUGGCCGAUGCAGCCCGUCCAAGCUCUGCUGCAGCCUACAGACUGGGGCCUCUGCUGUGCCAGGGGGACCGAUCCUUCUGGAACUCAGCUUCCUUCCACACAGAAACCUCAUACCUUCACUUCCCCACUAUACAUGCAGAGCUCAGCGCCGAUGUGUCCUUCUUUUUUAAGACGAGAGCUUCAUCUGGGGUGUUCUUAGAGAACCUGGGGAUUACAGACUUCAUCAGCUUGGAGCUACGCUCCCCAAGAGAAGUGGCCUUUUCCUUUGAUGUCGGGAACGGGCCCUGUGAGGUCACAGUGCGGGCACCCGGCCCCCUCAAUGACGACCGGUGGCACCUGGUCCGGGCCGAGAGGAACAUCAAGGAAGCCUGGCUGCAGGUGGACCUGCUCCCACCCAGAACACACACAGCCCCCGAAGACGGGCACAUGCGACUGCAGCUCAACAGCCAGCUCUUUGUGGGAGGCACGGCCACCAGACAGAGAGGCUUCCUGGGGUGCAUCCGAUCCUUGCAGCUGAACGGGAAGGUGCUGGACCUGGAGGAGAGGGCACAGGUCACCCCGGGGGUGCAGCCUGGCUGUCCGGGGCACUGCAGCACCUACGGGCAUCUGUGUCACAACGGGGGGCGCUGCCAGGAGAGACCCCGGGGGUUCUCUUGCGACUGCGAGCUCUCUGCUUUCUCGGGGCCCUUCUGCACACAGGAGGUUUCUGCACACUUUGGAGCUGGGUCCUCCGUGACUUACAAUUUUCAUGAAUUUUAUCCGUUAAGUACAAACUCCAGCCCCCACGCUGCUUCAUUCCAUGGGGACAUGACGUUAGCUAGAGAGAGGAUCACAUUCAGCUUCCAGACACUGCAAACCCCAAGCCUCCUGCUCUAUGUGGACUCUUUCUACAACAAAUACCUCUCUGUUAUCUUGGCCAAAAAUGGGAGUUUGCAGAUUAGGUACAAGCUGGGUCUACAUGAGGAUCCUGACGUCUUUAACUUUAACUUCAAGAACAUGGCGGACGGGCACCUCCACCACGUUAAGAUCAACAGAGAAGAAGGAGUGGUCUUCGUAGAGGUGGACCAGAAAGCCCGGAGCCAAGUGAGCCUGUCCUCUGGCAUGGAAUUCAACGCCGUCAAAUCCCUUGUGCUGGGCAAGAUCUUAGAGCCCGGCGACCACGUGGAUGAGGACACAGCGCGGGCGGGCGCUCAGGGCUUCUCUGGCUGCCUCUCCGCCCUGCAGUUUGAGCGCACCGCCCCGCUGAAGGCCGCGCUGCAUCCCGGGGGCUCUGGGUGCGCAUCGGUGCUGGGGCCCGUGGCCUCAUCGGAGUGUGGAGCCAGGCCAGGCGUCGGCAGGGUGUGGGAGCACAAGCACGCGCGAGCAGAACGUCCUGGAGCAGCGGAGCAGGGGAAGCCCGUGGAGACUGGGAACCGCAGACGCUCCGCGCUGAUCGGAGGUGUGGUGGCUGUGGCCAUAUUCGUCCUGCUUUGCAUGGCUGCCGUGGCCGUCCACCUGUACCAACAGAAGAGCCUGUGCGCAACCACGGAGGUGGAAGGACCCAGGAAGCAGGGCAGCAACGCGGCUGCGCCCAGAUGUGAGCUCGGGAGGCCGGACACCGUGAGUGGGGACCAGCAGGCGGGCCUCUGAGUAGGAGCCGGGCUGAGCGCGCUCUCCCCUGAUCUGACAUCCCCACCACAGACCUCGAUGGCCAGAAGUCACUUUGAACCGCACAGGGCACCAGGCCAGCUCUCAGGGUCCUCAGAGGUCUUGUGCUACUGAGUCCUUAGCACCACUGGCUCCCUGCACUACAUCCCCACAAUUCCAGUAUCAUCUCGGCCCUUGUCAGUUCUGAUGUUGUCAUGUUCAGCGGCUGGUUGGAGUUUACUGCUUAACACCCGGGUUUUGAAGGGGAAGCUCGCUUGGGCAGUGGGGAGGCUGGGCUUUGCCGCCGGUGAGGCCAUGCUCAGUGACCGGGGCGACUUCACAGAACUGAAUGUGCUUCCGGCCCUGCUUGUUGAAUUCUCACAACACCCUGUGCCAGAGCCACGUGGCCAAGACCAGACAGCCUUUCUGCCUUUGUCUUUGCUGCUCCAGUCGACAAAGCACAGUAGCACAGUUCCCUGGUGAGACCAUCACCUGCUUUCUCCUGCUGGGACCUGCACAGCAAGUGUGGACGUGGCUGAUGCCGGCUGCCAUCUGCAGCUGCGGCAGGAACCCAGAGCUAAGCGCCUGUGUCGCCAGAGGUUGGCAGCUGGCAGGGCCCACACUCUCACGAUCUCUAGAGGGUUUUGGAUUGUUUUUGUUUUUGUUUUUUUUUUAAUUAAAAUGGAAGAGCAGAUAGAACUACAAAUUCUUACUGUUGAAAUGUAUCUUUAUUUGCAUCUGCGAUACCUAAAUGGUGUGUUAUAGUACAUCUAUUUCCCUAAAUGGGUGGGUGAUCACGUCAGCUUUCUUUGUGGUGAUAAAAUCCCGCUGUUGGUUUGACGCUCGUUCGUCUGGCUUAUCUCUCGGAUGGUCUCACUGACUCUCCUUGCCAUUCUGAGACUCAGCCAUGGAGACUCUGCUCCACAUGUUUGAAAGCAAACCCCUCUCUGUAUCAGAUUUCCUUCCUAAGGUGUCAGGCACAAAUUCUUGCAAGCUGUACCUACAGGUCGCGAAGACCUAGGGACAUUGGACUGUGGGCUGGAGCCGUGCCCUGACCUGGACACCCACAAUAACCCUGAGAUCCACCGCUGUAGCCUCACUUCCAGGAUGUGGACGUCCAUUUCUCAGAGUUCCCAGAACCAACGGGAACGAGUUAGGGUGCAGCCCAGCAGAGAACAGAUGGCAGACUCUUCCAGGAAAACCGGCCAGGAGUUACUUUCGGAGCCCUGAUAGAGGAACGGUGUCCGGGAGCCUCCAGGCAGGUCCUGUGUCCCCACUCAGCAUGGCUGGGGUCACCAAGCGUGCCCACGCCAGAGAAAGGGAGUGACGCCUGCCUUCAUUCCGUUCUUCUCACAUCUGCUUUCUGCUCCUUCUUCACGGUAGCCAGGCCUUACUUCCUCUGCUGAAAAUCCUCAUCCUUUCCUAUGCAACCCUGUUGUUUUUUCUGUGAAUCCAAGGUUCUGAGGAACGGCAGUGUUGGUGAACAGGCAGACAUGUCCCCCAUGCAAUGGACACAUAGGACCAGAGAGAUGCAGAACCAGAUCACGAAGAGCCAAGCCCAGACAGAUGGCCCCUUGGCCACAUUUAAAGUGAGGGGGACUCCCUGGGCACCUGGUGUCUCAGGUGCACAAAGGGGGCCCACCUGCCACAGCCCCCUACCACAGAAGCGCCAGGCUAGCUCAUGUGUCCUCACUGUCUGUCCUCGGUUUGUAACUCUGCCUUCUUGCUUGUGGAUACAGUGGGACCUGGGAAAUAAAGCGAGGAGUAUAUUUUUAUUUUAAGGGAAUUCAUAUGACAUUUUACAAUUAGGAAGGAAGAGGUUUCUGAACAGCAGAAGCCGUGUAGGUAUGUGCCUUCUAUGCAGUGAGCCUCCCACAGCUCGUGCAGGGGCCCAGCAUUGCAGUUUGCAUGUGAAUGUGUCACCGUAUGAUGGCCUCAUUGUGAGUGGCUCACACUGGG